ACAUAAAAUAGACACUUUUGUACUAGGUACUCCAAACAAACCAUGACUCUUCUCUUUGAAUCCUAAAAUAUACCAAACUUUGGUAUAUAUAUAAUAAUAAAAAAGAUUCAAAAAGAGGCAGAGAGAGAGAAAGGGCUUUAUAACUGCAUAAUCCCCCAUUUCAGCAGUCCACUCUAGAUUUUCCAUCUAUGGAAGAUCAUCAGAGGAUCCAUCCGGCACAUGAUUCCGAGGCACCGCAAGAACCUAUGGCUCUGCUCAUGCCAAGUGGCUCUUCCAAGUCUGAUAAAGGCAAUCCAGUUGAAUACCCACCAUUCCGCCGUACCAUUCCGGUGAUGUACUCAAAACCACCAAAAAGGAGAAGCUGUUGUUUCAAGUGUUUUUGCUGGACAACAAGUCUCCUGAUACUCCUAAUCGUCAUCAUUGCCAUUGUCACCACUUUCAUCUACGUCGUCUUCCAACCAGAGAUACCAAAAUACUCCAUUGACAGCAUGCGAAUAACUCAAUUCAAUCUCAACAACGACACGAGCUUGUCUGCGGUGUUAAAUGUGAACUUCACUGCUACAAAUCCCAACAAGAAGAUCGGCAUAUACUACGAGCAUGGUAGCCAUAUAAGCAUGUGGUACGCAGACACACAACUUUGCCAGGGUUUUUUGCCUAAGUUCUACCAGAGUCACCAGAAUGUGACAGUGCUCGACGUGGCUUUGACAGGGCAAACGCUGAAUGCAACUGAUCUGCUGCACUCGAUGCAGGAGCAGCAGCAGAGUGGAAGCAUUCCGUUGAAUCUGAGGGUGAAAGUGCCAGUGAGGAUCAACCUUGGGUCAUUGAAGCUGAUGAAAUGGAAGUUCUUGGUCAGGUGCAACCUUGUGGUGGACAGCUUAGCUACUGAUAAUGUCAUUAAAAUUAAGAGUAGUAGGUGCAAGUUAAAGUUAAGGCUCUAAUUUACUUAAUUUUACACUUUUACUAGAUAUCAUUAUCAUUAUAACUUUCUAUAAUUCAAUUAAUUUGUAAAAUUGUUAUUAAAACAAGUGGAGGAUUAUAAUUAAUUUCUUUCAUCCA